UGUUUUGGGGGGGGGGCGUUAGAGUUUUUCACGAUGAACAAGCUAUAUAUUGGAAAUCUCAAUGAAAACGUGACUGCAGAGGACUUGGUUAAAACCUUUGAAGAUAACAAGAUCCCAUACUCUGGACAGUUUCUCAUGAAAACUGGCUAUGCGUUUGUUGAUUGCCCAGACGACCAAUGGGCAAUGAAAGCGAUUGAAACAUUUUCUGGUAAAGUGGAACUUCACGGCAAACGAAUUGAGGUCGAACAUUCUGUCCCUAAGAAGCAGAGAUUUGGUUCUGUGGUUGGUGUCCCAUCAUCCACUGCUCCACGGCUGGACGUAGGGCCUGCUGCACAACAGGUUCUUGAUGGUCUGCUUGCCCAGUAUGGAACUGUUGAGAACUGUGAACAAGUGAAUACAGAGAGUGAGACUGCAGUUGUGAACGUCACAUAUGGGACACGGGAGCAGGCUAGACAAGCAAUCCAGAAGCUCAACGGUUACCAGUUUGAGAACAACGCCCUGCGUGUGUCAUACAUCCCUGAUGAAAACUCUGAUGCCGACUCUCAACAAGGCCCAGACAACGGCCGACGUCCCGGAUACGGUCCGCGAGGAAACUCCCGCCAGAUGUCGCCUGGCUCUGGAAUCCCCGCCAAACAUCAGCACGCUGACAUCCCUCUCAGGCUGCUGGUCCCCACACAAUAUGUGGGCGCCAUUAUCGGCAAGGAGGGCGCCACCAUCCGUAACAUCACCAAACAAACUCAGAGCAAGAUUGAUGUGCAUCGUAAAGAGAACGCAGGUGCUGCUGAAAAGCCCAUAAGUAUCCAUUCUACCCCAGAGGGCUGUUCAGCUGCCUGCCGUAUGAUCCUGGAAAUCAUGAACCAGGAGGCCAAGGACACCAAAACUGCUGAUGAGGUGCCUCUGAAGGUUCUUGCUCACAACAACUUUGUUGGCCGUUUGAUCGGCAAAGAGGGACGCAACCUGAAGAAAGUGGAACAAGACACUGAUACCAAGAUCACAAUUUCACCACUGCAGGAUCUGACCCUUUAUAACCCAGAGAGGACGAUUACAGUGAAGGGCUCGAUCGAAGCGUGUUGCCUGGCAGAACAGGAAAUCAUGAAGAAAGUGCGGGAGGCAUAUGACAAUGACAUCGCUGCCAUGAAUCAACAGACUCACCUGAUCCCUGGACUAAACCUGGGAGCAAUCGGCCUCUUCCCACCAUCCUCUGCCAUGCCUCCUCCUGCCCUUGGAAACUCCGUGCCUGGACCCCCCUAUGGCCCUAUUGGGGCCUCUGAACAGGAGACCGUCCACGUGUACAUCCCAGCCCAAGCCGUAGGAGCCCUUAUUGGCAAGAAAGGACAGCAUAUCAAGCAGCUAAGCCGUUUUGCUGGAGCUUCUAUUAAGAUUGCACCAGCAGAGGCUCCAGACUCCAAAAUGCGAAUGGUCAUUGUUACAGGACCACCUGAGGCCCAGUUCAAGGCUCAAGGCAGAAUAUACGGUAAGCUGAAGGAGGAGAACUUCUUUGGCCCCAAAGAGGAAGUGAAGUUGGAGACACACAUCAAAGUAGCAGCUGCAGCAGCAGGAAGGGUCAUCGGAAAGGGCGGGAAAACUGUGAAUGAACUGCAGAACCUCACCGCUGCUGAAGUAGUGGUUCCCCGUGAGCAGACCCCUGAUGAACACGACCAGGUCAUCGUCAAAAUCAUCGGCCACUUCUAUGCAAGUCAGUUGGCACAGAGGAAGAUCAGGGACAUUUUGACACAAGUCAAGCAGCAGCAGAAAGGAGGUACAGGAGGUCCGCAGGGGCCCCAUCCGCAGGGCAUGUCUGAGCUGGAUACCCCUCAGGGACUGGCAGAAGAACCCAGGAGGAAGUGAGAGGCCGGGGCCGCUGCCCAGUCAGACGGACAGACAAAUGGGAGGACAAACGAGCGGACUGACUGAGAGAGUGACACACAGACCCAGCGGUAGACAGGAAGAAAUGAGCAGCAAAUUGAGAGGGAAUUAGAAAGACAAAAAAAACAUGCCUGAGAGAGGGCGAGGAAGAACGUUUAGUGAAAAUGAACAAGAAAAAAAAAGUGAUUUUUUUUUUUUUUUUAAAGAGAGAUAACUAGAAAACAGAGACCAGAUGCCAGGCCAGGUGGAGUGACUGAGGAUGGCGAGGAGGUCCGUCAAAGCGGAGCGCCCUCUGGUGAGAGCUUUUUACAUAGCUGCUUAUUUAGGAAUAGGGCGUAAUGAAGGUCCCUCAAAAGUGUGUUCGAGCUACUCGGGACCCUCAGCCAUCAGCAGUCACUUCAAAAUUUUAACUGUUUUUUUUAAAGAUAGAGAUAUAUGUAUAGAAAUGUUUAUUCAGAGGUAUUAUUAAUGAAAUGCAGUGAGGUAGAGAUGGGAAAGAGAGAGCAGAGGAUCCAUUCCAAUUUUUGGAGGGCGGGGUCACCAAUCAGGUGACUUCUCCCUGCCUAUCAGAGAUGAGGGGAGGGGCCAAAGUUGUUAACACUGCUCUUGAAGUCCCUCACGCUAAACUGUGGGGGUGACGAGAUAAAAAAUAGAUGAAAAAAAAAAUGAGGUUGUAAAUAUAAUCUUCAUGACUUUGUGUUGAGAUGCUGCACGUUUAACCGAUGCCAAUUGCGUACCUGACUCAAGAGGGUUGUGGUGUGCCGUUUGGCCGGCAGGACGUGCGGCGAGAGUUCAGUAAGCGUGUGGGCUAAAGGUGACCUCUGCAGUUGUAUUGCAGUGGCUCAGCUUUGAUGUGCGGAAACCCAUCAGUUCCGCCCUAAACCACGCCGGCGAUGAUCGCUGCAGCGCCGCUCACACCCAAACGGCAUAUUUUAUAUAUAUUAUAUAUAUAUGAUAUGUGAGUUAACCUGGCCCCUCAUUGCAUUGGAGCAGGCAGAUGAUGAAAAUGAGCGUACCGCAAUUUCAGAAAACGUUUUCUCUUUGAGGAAUGUGUGAUUUACAUAUUCACGUUUUUUUAAAAAGCAAUCGUAAAACCUGGCCUUCAGACGCAUUGUUCUGUGUUUUUCCUGAGAGUAAAUAUGCUGUAAAAUAUGCAGAGACAGAAUCAAGUGAGGACAGUCGGCUGGAAUGCCAGGUUUGAAAUGACAGGGUACAAGUCUGCCUUUAGGUCAAAGGUCAAGAACAGGUGACUGCAAAAUGGUUUCUGUGCUCUCUCUCGCCCACUUUGUUCGACAUUU